UGAAAUUUACGAUUAGAAAAAGUGAAAAACGUAAACAAACGGUGUGCAACCGUGUGUUUGGUUCAUUUGUCGAAGAGAUGCCAUCUGUCGAAGUCUGAUAACUUUAAUGAGUUUAAUGCCAAAUUAAUGGGUUUGAAUAUGUAGUUUAAGUAAAUUCCUUUUUUAUUUUACUGCGACAAUUUUGCUGUAUUGUUAAGCGCUUUUACCAAAUAAUUUGGCUAUUUUUUGUGUGCUUUUUAUUGGUAAUGGUAGGGAUCGAAGCUCAUGGAAUUAUCUUAAUUCCAGUUUCUAACGAAUACUAACACGUUUUCGUCAAAACGUUUGGGACUUCGGGCCUUUCCUUCUACAUAGUGUUUACAGCUUGAAUUAUUGUCGAAUUCUGUAAUUGCACAAGUGAGUUCUUAUACAACAACUAAAAUGAAUUCAGAAUCGUAUAAAUUUUGUGCACAUUUGAUUCCGGAAAAUUACGUUAACCAAGGUCGGAACAGCCGCUCGGCCGCAGAAAAUGCUACCAACCAAUUGCUUGAAAAAAGAAGAAUACCAGAGGAGGGUCUGGAUGAUUAUUUGAUUGAGCGUAUUUUGCACGAUUUAUCCGAGAUGGACUCGAACAAUUUCCCCACCAACGCUGGAGCCGGAGAGCGCGAAGGCCGCGUAUUCAGCAGUCUGGUGCGCAAGCGUCACUACCGUUUUAUCCAUGGCAUCGGUCGAUCGGGAGAGCUGACCGCCGUACAGCCCAAAGCGGCCGGCUCCUCCGUUCUGGCCGUGUUGACCAACGAGUUGGCUCUGCACGCUCUGCGAAUUGCGGGAGCGCUGCACGUCCAGGACUGCUUCGUUGUACCGAUGGCGACGGGAAUGACUCUCUGUUUGACUUUCCUAGAAUUACGUAAGCAGCGUCCGCGCGCGAAGUACAUAAUCUGGCCGCGAGUGGAUCAGAAGUCUUGUUUUAAAAGUAUGCUGACCGCGGGAUUUGACGUUGUCGUUGUGGAAAAUGUUUUGCGUGGAGAUGAGCUGCAGACUGAUGUGAGCAGUAUUCAGGAGAAAAUCGAGGAGCUUGGAGCGGAGAAUAUUCUCUGUGUGCACUGUACGACAAGUUGUUUCGCUCCCCGGGCGCCUGAUGAUUUGCCAGCAGUCUCCAGGAUUUGUAAGGAGCAUGGUAUACCACUGAUUGUGAACAAUGCAUACGGAACGCAGUCGUCCAAAUGCAUGCAUUUAAUUAAAGAGGCUGCUCGUGUGGGGCGGCUGGAUGCAUUUGUGCAAAGUCUGGACAAAAAUUAUAUGCUGCCGGUCGGGGGAUCUGUUUUUGCUUCAUAUGAUCGAACAUUUUCGCAAAACGUUAGCCGACUUUAUCCGGGCCGCGCAUCAAUGUCUCCGUCAAUGGAUCUGUUCAUGACCCUGAGUUCCAUGGGAAUUUCUGGCUAUAAAAAGCUGCUUGCUGAGCGGAAGGAAAUGUUUUCAUACCUAAAGGAACGUUUAAAAACGUUUGCGGAAAAUUUCGGCGAACGACUCUUGCAUACGCCUAAUAAUCAAAUUUCUUUGGGAAUGACUUUGUCUACGUUGGAAACCAAAAAAUGCACGCUUCUGGGUGCAAUGCUGUUUACAAGAAAUGUUUCUGGAGCUCGGGUGUUGGUCCCUGAUUCUGUCCAAAAAAUUGAAGGCUAUGAAUUUGUUGGAUUCGGAGCCCACUACCAGAAUUAUCCCGCCCCUUAUUUAACCUUGGCUGCAGCAAUUGGAUUGCGAAAAGAAGAAAUUGAUUUAGUGCUGCAUCGUUUAGAGAAAUGUUUAAAACAACUGGCUUCUACUGUUAGACAAGAAUCUUCAUGAAUAGCGUUUGAUUGUUUGUUUUUUAUAGAACUCUCUUUUGUAACUUUUACAUCACUGCGCGUGACUGAGUCCACAUAAAAGGUCUU